AUGGAGUCUGGGAAAAGGAAAAAGAGCGUUUUUCUCAGUAUUGCUGAUAAGCUAAAAGUCUUGGAUCGUCUGGAUGCUGGGUGCACCGUGAGGAACGUAGCUCAAGAGUUCGGUCUUGGACUAACGACGGUGAAAGAUCUGAAGAAGAACAAAGAAAAACUCAGGAGUUUCUCGCAGAGAUUCGAUGCAGGCAGCAACAUAAUCAAGUUCAGAAAAACGAUGAGGCGACUGCCGUCUGAAGCAAUCGACGAGGCAGUCUACAAGUGGUACAGUCAGCAUAGGUCGAGCGGGAUCUCUGUUCGAGGCACUGAAAUCUUAGCUGCAGCCGAACGCUUUGCCGAGCAACUAAGCAAACAAAAAUUCACCUUUAACAGUGCAUGGUUAUGUCGAUUUAUGAAUCGGCACGGUUUGCCUGGAAUAAGAAGUUGUGAGGCACCAGUAGGUGAUGAGGCCGUGGAAAAAGAUCUGUUUCGACAGAUGAUGAAGGAGAUAAUUGACCAGUCAAACUUAUCGUUAGCGCAGGUUUAUAACUUCGAUGAGACUGGGCUUCUCUACUGUACACUCCCAAAAGGCCUUCUAUCAACCCAACCCGAUGUAUGUGAGGAAGAACAGAAGCUUUCCAAGGCGAGACUGUCGGCGCUGCUCUGUGCUAAUGCCAACGGAUCCCACCGUCUGAAACCAGUAAUUGUUGGGAAGCGCAGGUGGCCAUACGCACAGAACAAAGGCAUUCAGCAGCUACCAGCGCAUUACUACCACAAUCCUAAUGCUUGGUUCACUUGGGAUAUUGUUAAGGAUUGGUUUUCCAAAUAUGCUGAACCUGAAAUUCGCCGCUUUCAGAUCGAGGAUUUGAAAAUAGUACCUGAUGAUGUCUGUGCUCUCAUCCUCAUAGAUAGGGCUCCUGUGCAUCCCGAGAGUGAAACACUGAACAGCCAGGAUGGAAGGAUAAAAUGUCUUACAAUUCCUCCUGGUGUAUCACUGACACAGCCCAUGGAGCAGGGAAUCAUUCUUUCCACUAAAAGGCUUUACCGGAAGAAAUUCCUCGAUGAGGUACUGAUUUUCCCUGAAGAAACUUCUGAUGAAGACCAUGACAUGCUGGAGAUCAGACCCUGGACGAACAUCAAGAAUUACAGCCUGAAGGACGCCAUCUUAACUUUGCAGAUGCCUGGCGGGAUAUACCUCAGACCACCUUGA